GAACACCACCCCCUAAUAUUUUAUCACUUGUUAAACUCAUCCGCAAUCGUUGUAGCCCUAUAAACCCUCGAAACCUCUUUAUCUUUCAAAUCUUUUUCGCACCACCUUCAAUUCUCCUCCUUAAUUUCAUUCCUUUACAGCACUCAUGGAAGAAGUCAACCAAAGCAUUAUUGAGCAUGGUGUGGAUCAAGUGGAAAAUAAUGACGUGGAUCAUGAUAUAGAUGAUGGCUUGGAUGAGGCUGUAGAUCAUGUAUUGAAUCAUACUGCAGACCAUGGUGUGGAUCAUGCAGUAGACCAUAGUAUGGAUCAUGCCGUUGAUCAUGGUGUAGAUGAUCUUAUUGAUCAGGGCGUGGAGCAUACUGUCGAUGAAGGCCUGGAUCAUGCUAUCGAUCAGGGUUUAGUUGUAGAACAUAAUGUGGAUGAUGAUAUUGAUCAGAGUGUGGAACAUGGUAUGGAGCAGAAUAUAGAUCAUGCUGUAGAGCAUGACAUUGACCAUGCGGCAGAUCAAUUGGCUGAAAAUUAUCAGGCUUCCCAAAAAGGAAAUGAUGCAGAUACAGUUGCUGGAGCUGUUGAAAAAAAGUGGCCUGGAUGGCCUGGGGAGAGUGUAUUCCGGAUGCUGGUCCCUGCACAAAAAGUCGGUAGUAUAAUUGGACGCAAAGGGGAGUUUAUUAAAAAAAUAGUCGAGGAAACAAGAGCGCGCAUUAAGAUACUCGACGGACCUCAAGGGACAACAGAAAGAGCUGUCAUGGUAUCCGGCAAGGAAGAACCUGAUUCUGCUCUUCCACCUUCAAUGGAUGGCCUUUUGAGAGUCCACAAACGCAUUGUUGAUGGGUUGGAUGGUGAUUCUCCUUAUGUUCCCUCAGGCGCAGGAACCAAGGUUUCAACCAGGCUAUUAGUACCAGCCUCACAAGCAGGAAGUUUGAUUGGUAAACAAGGAGGAACAGUCAAAUCCAUCCAGGAAGCAUCUAGUUGUGUAGUUAGAGUUCUUGGAUCAGAAGAUCUUCCAGUUUUUGCUCUCCAAGAUGAUAGAGUUGUAGAAGUUCUGGGGGAUGCAGCUGGUGUGCACAAAGCAAUAGAGCUAAUUGCAUCUCAUCUGAGGAAGUUUUUAGUUGAUCGGAGUAUAAUCCCAUUAUUUGAAAUGCAGAUGCAAAUGCCUCAUCCUCCGCAGAUGGAGCACAUACCACCUCAUCAAUCAUGGGGUCCACCACAAGGUAUUCCUCCAAAUGCAGGUGGAGGUCACGGUUAUGGUAAUCAAUAUAUGCCACCGCCGCGGCAAGUUGAGAACUACUAUCCUCCUGCUGAGUUGCCGCCUCCUAUGGAAAAACAACCUCAUCAAGGCAUAUCUGCCUAUGGAAGAGAAGCUCCCAUGGGUGGCCAUGGACCAUCAAAUACUCAAGCAGCGCCAUCAAUGAUCACGCAGAUUACACAGCAGAUGCAAAUUCAAUUAUCUUUUGCUGAUGCUGUUAUCGGGACAGCUGGUGCAAAUAUAAGCUAUAUUCGUCGUGCUAGUGGGGCAACUGUUACUAUACAAGAAUCUAGAGGUGCUCCUGGAGAGAUGACAGUUGAAAUCAGUGGAUCUGCUGCACAGGUCCAAACUGCUCAGCAGCUGAUACAGAAUUUCAUGGCUGAAGCUGGAGCACCAGCUCCAACCCCAACCCCUGCAGUUGGCUCUGCAGACCAAGGAUAUAAUCCUUAUGCUGCUCACAGUUCUGUAUAUACGUCCCCUGCGUCCAAUCCAGGUCAUGCUGGAGGUUAUGGCUCAGUCUAUGGUACAAACUAUGGAUAUUAGGUUCGAACCCCUUUAUUUCGGCUUGGUCAUCAUUUGAACAAUGUAAUAUCAUCUGGUUAGCUGUUAGAUUUACCAAAUAAUGUCAGGACAUUUUUAAUGUUGUAAUUUUCUUUUUGUUAGAUUGGUUGUUAGAAUGAUUAGAUUGGUUGUGUGCAUUAGGCUAACCUUAGGGUUGCCAAUACAUUAUUUAACGUUUUUUUGCGGCUCUGUUGGAGAUAAAGAGUUCUAUAUGAUAUCUUUUUGGCUUUGCUCUA